AUCGGGUGCCCCAAUUUAAAAACCCUAAACUCACUCAUCAUCUUCUGUCAUUCACCUCUGAAAACCCUAAAUUCCUCACUCCACAGGUAAGCCAUGGUGAGGCAUAACAAUGUUAUCCCUAAUGGACACUUCAAGAAGCACUGGCAAAAUUAUGUCAGGACAUGGUUUAACCAACCAGCUCGCAAGACAAGGAGACGUCUUGCUAGGCAAAAGAAGGCCGUGAAAAUCUUCCCUAGGCCUACUGCAGGACCUCUUCGCCCAGUUGUACAUGGUCAAACUUUGAAGUACAACAUGAAAGUCAGGGCUGGUAGAGGGUUCUCUUUUGAAGAGCUAGCUGCAGCUGGUAUUCCCAAGAAGCUUGCUCCAACAAUUGGGAUUGCUGUUGACCAUAGACGCAGAAAUCGUUCACUGGAGGGGCUUCAAACGAAUGUCCAAAGGCUAAAGACCUACAAGGCUAAGCUUGUCGUCUUCCCAAGACAUGCACGCAAGUUCAAGGCUGGUGAUUCUACUCCAGAGGAACUUGCAACUGCCACACAGGUGCAAGGAGAGAUCUUACCAAUUCAAAGGGAACAACCAAAUGUCGAGCUUGUCAAGAUUACUGACGAGAUGAAGAACUUUAACGCAUAUGCUAAGCUCCGUCUCGAGAGGACAAACAAGCGUCACCAAGGUGCAAGACUUAAGAGGGCAGCCGAGGCUGAGAAGGAAGAAAAGAAGUAAUGAGUCUCAGAAUUUGGAUUUAGUAGGAAAACUAUUUAUCAAUUUUGUGCUUUAUGACGUUUUGCCCGACUAAAAUACUGCAAGACUUGAAUCAUUCGGUUUCUUGAGCAGACGAAUGGAUAGUGUUGUUGAAUCUUAUGUGCUUGCUAUGAACAUAAGUGCUUGUUGCUUUCAAUUGUUUACUAAAUGAGUGGGACAGGGAAUAAUCGUUUCAUUUUGACUUUACGUUCAAGAUUGAGGAUGUCUGUUGACGAGGAUCUUUUACAUCCUUUGAACGAAUUUUUAACCUUGAAGACUUCUCUUGA